UCUUGACCUUUUGCGAUUUGCAAACUGUUUUGCUUUCUUUUUUUGUUUCCGGAUCGGAGGUUGCAGACAACCAUGAGAGCCAGAAACCUUCAAGCAUCUUGACAAAUCCGAGUCCCCCUUUUCAGGGAGAUGGCACGCUUGCUUAAUUCAACCCAGUCCCACUCGAACCCCCAACCCCACACACACAUGACGUGGUGCGUCAUGCUUUUUUAUUCUUCUCAACCUCGGGCCUCUCGUCCCCCUUCUUUCCGGUCAGCCAGUGCCCUUCCAUUUUCUCCCAUGGACUAGUAGGACACCAAUCAGAUGCCUCGGCAAGAUCCCCGACGCCCAUCUUUAUCGAACUGAUGCACACAGGCAAUCAAGUCCAAACAGCCUCGCGGUUCCUGCGCCGUCGUUUUCAUGGCUUUCAUGGGACCAGCUUUUCUGUCUCGCAGAGCCCUUGUCUCAGCUUUACCGUUGACAUGUUCCACCGUGUUUCCGUGGCUCUGUCGACUGCCUUGUGUCUAAUGAAAGGGGUCGGUACACGAAUUCUAUCGAGGGUUGGCAUUGACAGACGCUUAAUAACCACGAUCCCCGGACUUUGCUGAACCCUUCUGCGAUCAUACUCGGUACGAGAAAAACAACUUUCCGGAAAACAGGCGUCAUAGCCGCUUCGACACCACGACGCUGUGGGCUCAGCCUUUUGGGGCAGCUUUGCAAGUUUAUUCCCCCCCCGGAGAUUCCACUCGUUUUAGUUCAUCGGUUUCAGCGCUUGGCUAACAGGACCAUCGGAAAAUUCUCCCCGUUUUGGAUCUCCUUGCAUCAUACCUCGAGUGUCGUCUUCGCGUGCGGCUCAAGGAAGCUUGUCGAGGCAAUGCCUUGAACAUGUGCUUGGCGAUGCGUAUCGGGUCGGAAGCGUCGAUGCCCUCACCAUAUCAGCAAGCGUGCUCUUGGCAAGUUCUGGUCACGGGGAGUAGCAACUCUCCUGUCUAGAAACCUCAGACCGUGCUCCGAUGCGCUGCGAGUUGAUUCAACGUCCAAAUCAAAGGGUCCAGUGCCAUCCCGGCAACCAUGGUGCCCCGGGUACUCGUGGUGGUACGUCUUGAGAUAUGUUGAGGCGCACGUCAUGCAUCUCGGUCGCAAGCAGCUGACGCUUAUCGACCUCCCGCCAGCAUCCGUUCAUCUUUACGGAGCUGCAAGACCAUCGCCUGCAGCUACCCGUCUUCAGACAGGGGCUAUCCCAGAUCUCGGGACACGAUCAAGAACAAGCUCACCCGCAGCCUGGGAUCGUUAGCCGUUGACAGGCUCGCCCUGCCGUGCUGGUUCGCAUUAGUGGCCCCCCUUGAAGAGCUCUUCACCUCUCCCCAGGACCCCUAAACCCACGGUCCCACCCGAAGAAGAAGUACCCAGCUCUUUCUUAGCGACCGUUUCUGGAGUUGAGACAAGCAGUCCCGUGGACGUCAUUCCGCUGUGGCUUCCCGGUGUGAUUGGUUUCACUGGUACCUCGACAUGCUGCAGCUGUUUCUUCCGAACACAUGAGCGCCUUCUCUCUGGGUCGGCCAUCCCUCCCUCUCCUCGCUUGAAUGACGAGGCUCUGUUUCGUUUCGCAGGGCUCAUCAGCCAAGACAGACCCCUGGUUGGGAUCUUUCGUUUUUCAGGGUCCAAGGACAAUUUCUUCACUUUCCCAUGGCUGUGUCACCGCACACUUGUUCGGUCAUUUUUUCCCAGUUCUUGGUUUUGGACACCCAACCCCCGGCUUGCUCGCCCAGGGCCAACCGCAGCUGGGGACCCUUCAGCCCAAUCAUUUCAAUCGAUAGGCAGCACACGGGGGAGAAGCUAAAAAGCUAGGUUUGCGCGCGUUCGAUGCUGUCACCUCUUGAUCCUGGCCUUGUAGUCGAAAAGUUCGAUCACGAUGAACCCCUAUCUUCUCUCGAUCGUGACCCCCCGGGAGAUUUAUCCUCUGCUGUGGCCCCCAACAUUCAGCCGUAUGGUUUUGAUGCCCGUUCCAAGUUGAUGUCAUCUCCGCCUGCUGCACGUUUCCCGAGUCCGCAGUCAUCGAGGUCUUCACUCUGGCAUCGAUCGAUAAGCAUGGGAAGGUUCAGAUACUUUACAGAUCGAUCAUUCAUAGGAAAGCUGUGUUCUUCAGAUCAGAUAUGACCGAAUGGCUCUGGAGGCCAGUUAUCGUCAUGAGAUGGACAUUGCUACAGCCGGUUACGUCACGACGCGGCCGGGGUUUGUGUCCGACUGUGCUGCUGUAACAAAAACAACAACAGGAACACCGAACAGUCAUAAUGGUCAUAUCUUGGAUGCAAUUCCAAUUGGCUAUCUUUCCAGCGUUUAUUUCCUUCCUGCUGCAACAACGUCUCCAUGAUCUUCCAACCUCCCUCAGCACAUCGUCUACUCUCAUGUUUUUGCUCAACCAAGUUGGGGGAGCCUUUAACUGCAAUCCUGCUUGGUUCCGCAAGCUCCCUGUACGCUCUGGUCUCGGUCGGUGUAGAGUCCAGUUGAAGCCCCAUCGGUCCAGAUAUCAUACUUUUUUAUUUUUUUUUAUUUAUUAUUUUAUUUAUAUAUAUAUCUUCUCAUGGCCAUGAUUGAUUAGAAAUGCUAGACUAAUUCUUAUACAAGCGAUCACCUAUGUGCCUGCUCAAACAAGGCAUGCUGCGAAAAGAAGGGUCUGUUCGAGUCAAAGGGUGCUUGAUUGAUGUGCUUGUUGGAGACAUCACUUUGGACGCCAUGUUAGCGGAUGAAUCUACCUAGACUGAAUCAUAUGUAUUAAUGAAAGGCCUUCUCAGGGUGAAUAAUACAGCUCAUCUCUUUGGAAUCAGUUAAGGGGUGGAUGUCUGGGCAGGCUUAGGCCCCUGAACUCAGGGUUGAAUAUGGAGAAAGACUGCUUGAGGCCCUUUGAUGUAAGCUCAUGAGCUGAAAGUCAGUCUUUGGAUGGAUAGAGCACAACACAUAUAAAAUUUCCUCACACUUUGUAGCCAAGCUUACGUCAACAAAUACAGAGCUGCCAGCAGCAAAGUGAAUUCCGCCAAGUGAAUUAUCGUGGCCGGCCUCGAUAGGUGCAUCUUGGGAGCCACCCCCCUGUUGAUAGCGCUCGGACCAGCAUUUGGGAGCUGUGACGCUAGGGGGGGGGGGUGCCACUCCAAGGCCAGAUUGCACACAUCACUUUUUUACGUGAUCGACUGUCACACUCUCUGCUCUGCUUGCUUCCAAGCUUCCUCUUGGUACUUGGAUUUUCUUCUUCAUUCUUCUCUUUCUCAACCUCGUCAACCCCCGUCUGGAGCUCGGCACACAAUGGUCAACUUCAAGUGGUCUUCUCUUGCUCUGCUCGCUCUGCGCGCCGCCACCGUCUUUGCUCAGGACGAUGUCGACGCCGAGCCCAAUGUUUCGACUGCUGCCGAGACCCCAGAGCUCAAGGCCGAUAUCGAAACCACCUUCCCCGACUCUGAUAUCUUUGGUGUGAAGCUCGUCAACAACCGCAUCAACAAGGCUCUCAUUCAGAUCACCAACAAUGAGGCGACUCCAAUUGACGUUGUCUACAUCGGCGGUGCGUUCAAGACCACCCAGCCCCUCCCCGAGGAUGCUCCUGCCUGGGGCGCCAUUAUCCGCAACUUGACCGCUGUCAAGGUCGAGGCCUCGAUUCCUCCUGGUGGCAAGCACCAGAUCCCUUUCCAGUUCACUCAGGACAUGAACCCCCAGGAUGUCAUUCUUGACCUCAUGGCGGUCAUUACCCACGCCGAGUCCGGUCACGUCUACCAGGUUCUCGCCCACUCCGGUCCCGCCACCAUUGUUGAGCCCCCUACCAGCAUCUUCGACCCUCAGAUCAUCUUCCUCUACCUCUUCCUCACCGGUCUCUUCGGCGCCACCCUCUACUUCGUCUACAAGACCUGGAUCGAGGCCCUCUUCCCCCAAACCCGCCGCGUUCCCGCCGUCAAGGGCAAGAAGGUUAAGAAGGUUGAGGUUGAGCCCCUUUCUGGCUCCGAGUCGGCCGGUGCCACCAGCACUGGUGCUGACAAGGACUACGAUGAGGCCUGGAUCCCCACCCACCACAUCAACCGCCCCGUCGCCAAGCGCGUCAAGAGCAGUGCCAGCGGCAAGGCCAAAUAAAUUUGGACCAGUCACGAUAUAUAGAUGGGAGGAACAAGCGUUGGGACAAGUUGACUCCUUGUCCUUUCGGGUGUAAGAUGGGUUUUGCGGUUAUAGCGGGGUUGGUUUGGCAAGGGUAGGUAGGGUGCAUUUUACAAAUCUGGCGGGCAUUAUUUAUACAAAUUUUACUUGCCUGGAAACUGGACUGGGAUAUUGGGCAGGUGUGUAUGAUGAAGUAAGAAAAAAGUUGGGUGCGUGCUUUUUUGUAUGUACUAUAUGCUUCGUAUGUUGGUCUGGAAUCUAUGAAUUAAUGUCUGAUGUUGAGCGGUGGGGUAUGACACGUGGACGCGUUUGGGAUGGAGGGGACGUGUUUGAGGUUGGAGAUCUCGUGUAUCUUGCAAUGUGUGAAUGGGCAUGCUUCUGAAUGGGACUAUAUAGCAUGGUAUACGUUGG